AUGACAACAUCUUUUUCAAGAGAUGAUUUUAAUUCUUUAAUAAAUGAACUUGAAAAUACGAUGCAACGAUCACAAAUACUUGUAUCUCAAACUAAUCAUAUCAAUACAUUACAAACAAAACAAAUAGAUCAAAGUCAAAUGACAAUGGAUAAAUCAAGUCAACAUCUUAGAAAUGUUGAACGUGAAGUAGAUGAAUUAGAAAAGAAUUUUUGUGUUCGUUUAUGUUGUUCAUCAAAAACUAAAAAAUCUAAAUUAAAAAAAUCUGAAGAAUAUCAAUCCAAUGAAAAUAUCAUUCCGAUUGAACAAAAUCCUAUCUAUUCAAAUCAACAAUUUCAAAAUUUAGAUGAAAAUUUACAACGUUUACAAUAUUUUAAUACAUUAAUCGAUAAUGAAAUUCAAGAUCAAUUACAAACAUUAAGUAAUCUUAAUAAUCAAGUCAAUGUUGAUACAAAUAAAUUAACAAAAACUAAUUAUAAAAGCAAACGUUUAUUUUAA